UUUCAUCCAUAAAUAUUUAGGGCCUUCUCCAUAGUCGUCCUGAUGAUCUCGUCUUCUCUGGUUAUUCUUCUUCCUCUAACCGAAAUUUCAUCAAGUUUCCGAAAUGCCACUUCUGAAACCCCAAAUUCACCAUUCCAUCCCCUUUCUCUCAUCUCCCACAGAUGCCCUUCUAGCAGACAAAGCCCUAACCCUCCUUAAACGCCAUCCUUACCACCUAAAUUCCCUCUCUUCCCAUUUUACACCUGAUGCAGCUUCCUGUUUGCUCCUCAAAUCCCAGCAUGACCAAACCCUCACCUUAAAGUUCAUCAAUUGGGCUCAACCUUACCCUUUUUUCGAUCCUCGCUCCAAGUGUAUUGCCCUUCAUAUUUUAACUAGAUUCAAGCUAUAUAAACCAGCGCAGACCCUAGCCCAGGACUUAGCUAUGAGUACAACGGAUGAUACCGGUAGUUUUGUCUUUCAGUGCCUUAAAGAAACAUACCACUUCUGUAAUUCGAGCUCUGCUGUUUUUGAUUUAGUGGUAAAGUCUUACUCCCAUUUGAAUUUUACUGAUAAAGCUUUAAACAUUGUAAAUUUAGCUAAAUUUAAUGGAUUUAUGCCUGGUGUUUUAUCCUAUAAUGCUAUUAUAGAUUCAGUAAUUAGGUGUCAAAAACCCAUUAGAUUUGCUGAGGAGGUGUAUGGGGAAAUGAUUGCAAGUGGGGUUUCUUUAAAUGUAUAUAGUUAUAAUAUUUUGAUUAGGGGUUUUGUUAGGGCAGGUAAUUUGAAAAUGGGUUUGAGGUUUUUUAAGGAAAUGGAGGGGAAUGGAUGUUUGCCUAACGUGGUUACAUAUAAUACGAUGAUUGAUGCUUAUUGUAAGUUGAACAGGAUUGAUGAAGCAUUUAGUUUGUUGAGAUCAAUGGGUUCGAAAGGGUUGGAGCCAAAUUUAAUUACAUAUAAUAUGGUUAUUAAUGGGCUGUGUAGAGAAGGAAGGAUGAAGGAAACUAGUGAGAUUCUUGCAGAGAUGCGUCAAAAGGGUUAUGUUCCUGAUGAAGUCACUUAUAAUACGCUGGUAAAUGGAUAUUGCAAGGAUGGUAAUUUCCACCAAGCACUUGUUUUGCAUGCAGAGAUGGUGAGAAAUGGAUUAUCACCCAAUGUCGUUACAUAUACUUCAUUAAUUAAUGGUAUGUGCAAGGCUGGAAAUUUGAAUCGAGCUAUGGAGUUUUUUGAUCAGAUGCAUGUUAGAGGACUUCAUCCAAAUGAGAGGACAUACACAACAUUGAUCAAUGGGUUUGCCCAACAGGGGUUCUUGAAUGAGGCUUAUCGGGUUUUGAAUGAAAUGAUCAGGAGUGGAUUCACACCUUCAAUUGUGACUUAUAAUGCCCUUAUUAAGGGACAUUGUGUUUUGGGGAGGACAGAAGAGGCCGUAGGAUUGUUACAAGACAUGGUGGGCAAAGGGCUUUCCCCUGAUGUUGUAAGUUAUAGUACUAUUAUAGCUGGAUUUUCUUGUAAUCAAGAGUUGGAAAGGGCAUUUCAAAUGAAAUUGGAGAUGGUUGAGAAGGGUGUUCUGCCAGAUGCCAUUACCUAUUCAUCGCUCAUUCAAGGUCUCUGUGAACAGAGAAAACUAACUGAAGCUUGUGAUCUGUUCCAAGAGAUGUUGACUAUGAGGUUGCCUCCUGAUGAAUUUACUUAUACGAGUUUGAUCAAUGCUUAUUGUGAAGAAGGAGAUUUGAAGAAGGCUCUUCAUUUGCAUGAUGAAAUGAUACAGAAAGGAUUUCUACCAGACAUUGUCACUUAUAAUGUGCUUAUUAAUGGACUUAAUAAACAAGCUCGGACAAAGGAAGCAAAGAGACUUCUGCUUAAGUUGUUUUAUGAUGAAUCUAUCCCAUCUGAAGUAACGUAUAAUACACUAAUAGAAAAUUGCUGUAAUAUUGAAUUUAAGAGUGUGGUAGCACUUAUGAAGGGAUUCUGCAUGAAAGGUUUGAUGGAUGAAGCAGAUCGAGUUUUUGAAUCAAUGAUUGAGAGAAACCACAAGCCAAAUGAAGCUGUAUAUAAUGUUAUUAUACAUGGCCAUUGUAGAGGUGGAAAUGUUCAGAAGGCAUAUAAACUUUACAGGGAAAUGGUUCAUUUUGGUUUUGUUCCUCAUACUGUGACUAUAAUUGCUCUGGUAAAAUCACUUUUCUCAGAGGGAAUGAAUGAAGAGUUAAAUCAAGUUGUAGAGAACAUAUUAAGAAGCUGCAAACUUACUGACGCCGAGCUUGCUAAAGUCCUUGUUGAAAUCAACCAUAAAGAAGGGAACAUGGAUGUGGUUUUUAAUGUGCUUACUGAAAUGGCCAAGGAUGGGCUUAUUCCAAGUGGUGGUAUUGGAAAUCCUCCUAAUCCUAGGGAAAGGUCUGUUUGAUGGAUAAUUAAUUUUUUUCCAUUUGCCGUCAAUGUUCACAGAGCAUAGUUUGUCCUAGAGAGGGCGUGUGUGCUAAGUGCCGUGGUUUGCCUUUCUGCUAUCUCAAGGGUCAAGUGCUAUGGGGGCCUGCAGAGGCUCCUUAUUGCUUCCCAUAUUUUCCCGUUAUUGAGAUGCCACUGGUUAAAUCGGGUGGCUGAUGUUGAUGAAAUGCUACUCCAAACUUUUGAAGAAUUUAGCUUCUGCGGGAUUCGGCCUUCUUUGAUGAAUUAGAAAUCUUCUGCAUCAUGUAGUCAUAAUUUACUAGUUUAUUUUUGUUCCCUUCUGUUGUCAAGAUUUCAUCAGCUUUUUACAUUCUUCAUUAAUUUGUAAAGGUUCAUCAGCUUUUUACAUUCUUCAUUAAUUUGUAAAGGCCCUCGGUCAAUUGCUUUAACCUUUGAGCUUUUAUGCUAAGGUCAACGUGAAAGAGCUUCUUGAUUACUCUGGAAAGCUCCUAUUGCUUUAGCAAAUAAAUUAAGCUGGGCCCUGUGCCCCGGAAAUUUUCAGUCAUCAAUUAUUCUGGCAUAUUUCAUGGGGUUUUCUCAGAUCAUGAGAUCAGAGACGGUUUUACUAUUUAUCAAAACAACAAGCUGAAUAAAUAGAAGAAGAGAUGGAAGCGGAAGUACCACUUACACCAGGGCUUUUCUAGUAGCUGGAGUUGCUGUCCAUUCAGUUACCAGUGGGGCUGCACAGUAUGGACGGGUUGUGCUUCAAAUUAUAGAUGGGAGUCAAAAUAAUGGUAGGCUACUUUCUUCCCUACUUUCUUCAAAAAUCUGAUGCUGUAUUUGUACUGCUAGCCUUGCCAAUUUUGUUCUGUCUUCAAUGGCAGGGAUGGAAAUCUGUCUUACAGUACAUGAGUCUGUUAAUACUGCAUUUUUGUAAUAGAAUAUACUCAACCAAUCUGCUACAGGGAUAAUAUGACUUAUUGCAUUUCUACCUCCUCA